CAUCGGCGUGCGCCUGUCUGAGAAGGGGCGGGAUCAACUAAUCUUUAAAGGGAUAGCUAACGUAUUUAUUUUUUGUAACGUGAAACAACAAAUACUCAAUAUUAUUCCUUUCAGAAGUCUGUAUGAAUGACCCCGUUUUACAUAGGAUAACUGAAUGGGACAUCAAAGUUGAUGAUGUCAAAGCUGUCUCUGGGAGGAAAACAGUCCUCUGGAAAAAUCAACAGCUGGGUGGAACCAUCUUUUGGUGAAGUUUUAAGAGGUGUUGGAGCAAAUAAGACCCUGAGAAAAGGAACACAUUCUGGUGAAAGCAAGACUACGAGGUGGCCAACCACUGGAGACCAAACUGUAAUAAAAUCUAGAAAAAGAAAAGGAGAUCUUCCUGUGUCCGACAACCAGAUCAGUGCUCCAAGUCAAGCAUAUAAACCAGAUCAGGAUGAGCCUUGGGUGGAUAUUCAUGCCCCCCAAUCACAAGCUGAAUUGGCAGUCCACAAAAAGAAAGUUGAAGAAGUUGAAAGUUGGCUAAGAGUUCAUUUGGACAAAACAAACAAGGGUGGCGCUAUCUUGUUGCUCACUGGCCCCUCUGGUUGUGGGAAGACUGCCACUGUUAGAGUUCUUGCAAAGGAUUUGGGUUUUCAGAUCCAGGAGUGGUCCAAUCCCAGCACCACUUCACAAUACACAACAGAGGAUAUGUUUACACAAAGCUUUGAUCCAGAUUCAAGGUUUAAUCGUUUCCAUGGCAGCUCGCAAACCGGGUUAUUUCAGGAGUUUCUGCUAAGAGCCAACAGAUACAACCGUCUACAGAUGAGUGGAGAGAAAAAGGCUGAAGACAAAAAAAUUAUUUUUGUAGAGGAAUUUCCAAACCAGUUUUAUAGGCAACCAGGGUGCUUGCAUGAUAUUCUCAGGCAAUUUAGGAAGACUGGUCGGUGCCCACUGGUAAUGAUCGUGUCUGAUAGCCUCAGUGGGGACAAGAACUCAAGACGUCUUUUUAAGGAUGUUUUGCAUGAACUUGAAAUUCAAAACAUAAGUUUUAACCCUGUGGCCCCCACAAGCAUGGUGAAGGUUCUAAGCCGCAUUGUGACCGUUGAGGCAGGAAAGAGUUCAGGCAGGAUCUCUAUUCCUGAUAAAGCUGCUUUAGAAGUUCUCAGCUGUGGAAGCUCAGGAGAUAUUCGUAGUGCCAUCAACAGUUUGCAGUUCUCCUCAUUUACUGACAGUUCCCUGGAGAAAAGCCUCUGGGCUUCCAAAAAGGUCAAGUCUACUUCAGCAAAAAGUGCAGUAAGGGCAAAGGGGAGAAACAAGUCUUCCAAAUCUACAGACGUGCAAGCUGAAAGCCCAGUUAUUGGUGGGAAAGAUGCUUCACUGUUCCUCUUCAGAGCUUUAGGGAAAAUCCUCUACUGCAAACGGGAACAGUAUGAAGGCUCCCAGGUACCCAAGCUGCCUCCACAUCUAACAGAGCAUCAGAGGGACAAACUGCUUGUUGAUCCAGAACUUGUUAUAGAGCGUUCUCAUAUGUCUGGGGAGUUCUUCAACCUUUACCUGCAUCAGAACUAUCCUGACUUCUUCUCAGAUGUGGAAGAUAUAGCACGAGCCAGCGAGUACCUCUCUGAUGCUGACUUCCUGACAGCAGAAUGGAGUUCAAGGUCUACCAUGUUGGAGUACGGAUCAUCGGUGGCCACUAGAGGGCUUAUGCACUCAAACUCUUCUCGAGCACAAGCCAGCAGCCAAUUUACUGUCGGAUUCAAGCCUCUUCAUAAACCUCAUUGGCUACACAUAAACAAGACGUAUCGAGAAAAUUACCAGACAGCACAAUCACUCUUCGUAAAUUUCUGCCUUACCCCUGUGAGCCUCCUGUCAGAUAUGGUGCCUUACCUUGCCAAGCUCACCAACCCAAUGAGGAAUCAAGCUCAGAUAGCAUUCAUCCAGAACGUUGGUCAUCUUUCUCAAAGAAGAGCUCCUGGCAGGCUAAGACUUGAAGCACUUGGUGACAAAGACCCUGGCGUUUUGGAUACUGACAGCGAAAAUGAAGAUUCCCCUGGAGUUCAGUCGCUCGAUCCUGGUACCACAUCAGGGACUGUCACAACUGAAUCUAACCUGCCAAAUAGCCAAGAACUAUCUGCCAGCCAACCCCAGCCAACAAGCACUGAAGCCCUUCUGGAUGAGGAAGACCUCUUGAUUGAGGAAUAUGACAGUGAUUAGCUAAUCACAAGUCAUAAUUUAAACAGACUUAUUUAAUAUAACUUACUGCCUUCAUGCAAUUUCUGUACCUCUAGGUCACAAUGUUUUCUUUAGUAUGUUUUGUUUUAUUAUGGUAAUUAUUUGUAGGUGUUGAUAUUUAUGUGCUUCAACACAUUGUGGCACUGUAGAGAAUUGUUUAUAUGUUCAUACUUGUGUUGAAAUGUACAUUGUCUGUUUCAGCAGUUUGUUCUAGAGUAUUAGUGAAACUCUUUGUAAAAAACAAACAAACAUAACUUACAGCCAUAAUUAAAGCUUUAUGUUAUCGUAGUAUAACAUAAAACAAACUGGGACUGAAUGUAGGUAAUCUGCACUUGAGUCAAGUUGAGGCAAUAAACCAUUUUGUGCAAAUUUGA